GCUCCUCCAGUUGCGUUCGCGGCUCGGUGGAGUUGGCGGGCAGCUCUGCUUUGGGGAGCCCGCGGGGGCUUCAGCGCCUGGGCUCUAACUCUGUGGGUGGCUCUCUCACUCUUUCCUCCUUCCUUGCCUCUCACUCACUUCUUCUUUGACAUUUUUCCUUCUGGCAAUUUUCUUGCUUGGUAAAGCCAGACCUAUAAAGGAAUACUGCACCAGUUUAGACUCCCUCAUCUAUUGAGCAAGGAGGAGGUACAGUUCCAUAUCUAAAACACCAUUCCUGGUGUCAAGAUGUCAUUGAAAGUGCAGACCAGUAACAUCACAAACAAGAAUGACCCCAAGUCCAUCAAUUCCAGAGUAUUCAUUGGGAACCUCAACACAGCAGUGGUCAAGAAGUCAGAUGUAGAGACCAUCUUCUCUAAAUAUGGCAGAGUGGUGGGCUGCUCCGUUCACAAGGGCUAUGCAUUUGUACAGUACUCCAAUGAGAGGCAUGCACGGGCUGCUGUCCUGGGGGAGAAUGGAAGAAUACUUGCUGGGCAGACAUUAGAUAUAAAUAUGGCUGGAGAACCAAAGCCAAACAGACCCAAAGGACUGAAGAGAACAGCAUCUGCCUUGUACAGUGGCUAUGACUUUGAUUAUGAAUACUACAGGGAUGACUUCUAUGACAGACUCUUUGAGUAUCGGGGACGGGUCUCUCCCAUACCUAGAGUGGUUCCUGUGAAGCGUCCACGUGUGACCAUCCCUUUAGUAAGGCGCAUAAAAGCAACACUCCCAGUCAAACUCUUUGCCCGAUCUGCUGCCAUUGCAAACAGCUCUGCCAAGUUAAAAUUGAAAUGCAAUGAACUGCAAACAAUUAAAACGGAGCUGACACAGAUCAAAUCCAACAUUGAUGCUCUCCUGGGGAGAUUGGAACAAAUUGCUGAACAACAGAAAGCAUCUACAGAAGUUAGAAAGAAAGCAGAUGGAAAUAAAAGUGAAAUUUCCCAAGACGACACAGCAUCAGAGACAGAAAUUAAUACAGAGGAGCCACUAAAUGGGGAGGAAGGAGACGAGGAAGGCCUUGUGCGAGACGAUUGUGAAGAUGAAUUGGAGAACAACAGCCAUUACACAGAUGUGGAGGAUUCUAGCCUACAGUAACCAGCAUGUUCAGCACCGCAGCUACAACAGGAGGACAGCAAGAGGUUAAACCCUGCCUUGGCAUGUUGAGCCAGACAAGCAUAACAUGCAGGACUGCCAUCAUCUCUCUGCCUGGCAUUCAACAGGAUAAAUGGACCAAUAUCUCCAAGCAGUUUUGUAGUCCACAGCAAUGUAGUCAUCCCAGUGGAUCCUCGUCAUUACCCUCUCCCCCAACCUACCCCUUUACUACAGACUCAAAGCCCUGUCACCAGCACAAGCACCAGUUCUGUGAUCUCCAGUAGCAAGUAUUGGAAGAGACCAUUUUCUAUUGGCCAAUGAAAGUUUGUAUCUUUUAGCACCAAGGAAAGAGCAAGAAUGAAUAAGAGAGAGAAUUCUAUAUAGAGAGCCUUUGUUCCAGAAACGCAUGGGACUCUGAUAAACAAAAGCCAGAAAGAGAAAGCUAUUUCACUAUGUAAAUUGAUGGGCUUUGAAUGUGAAAUUCUAUCUAUAACUGGGAGUCAGGAGGAUACCUGGUUGUCCAUUUAGCUCCUAACUAGCCGGACUCAAGGCCACCCCGGAACUACACAAAUUGUACCAUUUGGAGUAUGCUCUUUAAUGAGACAAUAUGUAGAAAGUGGUGUAGAUUUUGGAAGAAUGGACAGAGAACACGGCUAUUAACAGUUGAUUCUAUAAAUAACAAACUGCCUUCUUUCACUCUUCUUUAAAUGUAUUAGUUAAGAAAUGGGUCUAUACUACAGAGGCAGAAUGGCAUUAGCUUAGACUAGAAGGCAUAUCUUAAAUCAAGCAUUUCAAAAUAAAGGGAUACAACUGGAACAUUCACUUCACAAGCUGGCAUACCUGCUGUUUAUUAAAUUUGCCUAAAAUCAUAUAUUUGCUUUUUGUAAAGGUAAGGCCAACCAGAUCUGGUCCAAAGUGAAGGUAAAGUAUGUAAUGAUGAAACAAUAACGAGAACCUGAAAAUCCCACAAUAGCUGAAGCCAAUGAUAACAUAAUGUGUGUCCCGUUUCCACGACAAGAGUCCUAAGAUCAGAGCAAAAUGCAUUUUAGUUAUUCUCAUCUAAGGAUCCUCCCUGUUGUUGUUUCUCUGAAAUUCGGGUACUUUUAGCCCACUCAUACCAAUAAAGAAAAAUUGUGAGCAGGAUUUCUUGCGCAGGUUAUCAAACAAACAUCUUGCAAAAUGGCAAUUUUUUCAUUUUCUUCCUGCAGUGAUUCCUUUGUUGUACAACCCACUUGAAAGUAGUUUUCAUCCUCAUUAUCAACUUCAGAGGCAGGCGAUGCGACAGUUCCUUAGCGUUGUGACUCAGUCCUAUGGACUCUAACCUCAUCACCAACUUCAGAGGUAGACGGUGUGACAUUUCCUUAGCAGUGUGACUCGAUCUCGAGGACUCCUGCUCAGAACAGACGCGACUGUGCUGAAAGGGAGGGAGAGAAGCACAACAUUGUUUAGGCCAGUUCCAAAGGACCUUAAUUUGACAUUACUUUCAAAGCAUUUUUACUAGAAAAAAUGUCCUGACACAGAGGAUUUCCAUUCCUUGAAUUUCUUGACAGACGAUCACAUCUGUCAAAGCACAACAGUUUGCAUCCACUUUUUUGUUGAAAAUAGUAUCUCCUGGAGAGCAAAGAAACAGGCAAUUGCUUUGAGUUUUCUUCUCUUUCUUUUUCUCAGUUGGCUUCUCUUGCAAAGUUUGGCCACUUUGUUGUACUGGGCUAUUUUAGAACAGCUUUUUAGGCUUUGUUUUGCUAUGACCCGAUCAUGAGAUUGAGCUGUAGAAGGGGAGUAGGGGGCUUUGUAUAUAAAAUCCUGUACAAUAAAAUGAGAAACUUGAUGUUC